AUGACGGACGGAUCAGACGUGUCGCCGGCGGCGGGCGGCGAGAUCUGGGGCACGCUGGAGGAGCUGGUGCUGGCGUGCGCGGUGAGCCGGCACGGCACGGCGAGCUGGGAGGCGGUGGCGACGGAGGUGCAGACGCGCAGCCCGCUGGCGGCCCGCCCCCGCCUCACGCCCCGCAGCUGCCGCCUCCGGUUCCGCCACCUCCACCGCCGCUUCUCCGUCGUCGUCGCCGCCGCCGGCGCCGACGAGGCGGAGGAGGAGGCCGCGGAGGGGCUGGGGCAUGGGGAGGUGGAGGACCCCGACGCGUCGGCCGCGGACGCGUGGCUGGACGAGCUGCGGCGGCUGCGCGUGGCGGAGCUCCGGCGCGAGGUGGAGCGAUGCGAUCUCUCCAUCGGGACGCUGCAGAGCAAGGUGGAGCUGAUGAAGGAGGAGCGGUCGCGGUCGCGGUCGCGGAGCGCGUCGGGGUCCGGCGAGGCGACGACGGCGGCGAAGCCGGAGGGGGAGAACGUGUCGUGCCGGGAGUCCAACUCCACAGAUCUGAAGCGGCCCGUGAAGGAAGAGGAGGGUGAGGCGAAGCAGGAGGCGUCCGGCGAGUCGAUGGCGGCGUCGAAGGGGAGCUCGGCGAGCCUGUGCCGGCGCGGCGGGCGGAAGGGCGGCGAGGAGGAGUGCGAGGAGGCGGCGUCCGCGCAGCCGCUGGCCGCGCUGCUCGACAGGGUCGCGGCCAGGUUCGGCCCCGUGUUCGAGCGGCUUCAGGAGAGCCAGGAGAGCGAGUCGUACCGGGGCACGAUCAGGCGGCACGUGGACCUGGACGCCAUGCGCCGGAGGCUGGACGACGCCACAGCCGGCGGCUACCCGAGCCCCGAGCUGUACCGCGACCUGCUGCUGCUCUGCGCCAACGCCGCCGUCUACCUGCCGCGCCACGCGCCCGACCACGCCGCCGCGGCGCUCGACGCGCUCAGGCUCGUCUCCGCGCAGGUCUCCGCCUCGCUCCGCGAGCCCGCGCCCAACCCCAAGCGGGAGCUGCUCGUCAAAACCGUCACGGCCGCCGCUCUGGCCGCGGCAGCAGAUACGCGGAGGGCCGAGGCGGACAUCGUCGGCCCGCUCAUCCAGAAGGCCGCGAAGCCGCUCAUCUUCUGCCGCAAGAGGAGCUCCAUCGCCAAGUCCGCCGCCGCGGCGGCCGUCGCUGCUGCCAAGAAGGAAGAGACCGAUGACAAGGCCAGCUUGGUCGCGCAUGAGCAGAACGACGGCGAGAAGAAGGCCACGGACAUGGACGUGGACGUGGCGCCCAAUGACAAAGCCUGGGGUACGAGGACGAAGAAGACCCGCGGCCCCGGGAAGAACUCAGCCAAGGCGUUAGCUGCCAAGGCUGCCGCUGAAGCCGCCGCAGCGGCCACGGAGUCAGACAGCAACAAGAAGAGCGACGCCGAGGGCACCGCGGCCGCCGGUGGUGGGCUACCCAAGAAGCGGAUCGCGGUGGACUUUCUGAAGCGGCUGAACCAGGGCGCGUCGACCACCAAGAAGAGGGGGUCACCGCUCACGAAGCGGAAGCGGUCCGCGCCGGCCAAGGACGAGGAGGAGGAGGAGCAGCCCAAGAGAAGGGGGCCUGGCAGGAAGAGCGCCGGCCGGGGGAGAGGGGGCAAGGCUGCCGGGGCCAAGAGGAGUGUCGGGCGGCCCCCGGUGAAGCGAGCUGCUCCUUCGGUGACUCCACCGCCGGCCAAGCGGGCCAAGGUGAACAGGUCGGAGAGGUCCUCGUCAUCGUCCAGGCGGGGUGGCAAGAAGUCAUAGGAUUUGAAUGCUUAGCUGCUAGGUAGAUGUAGCAGGUAGAGACAGGCCCUGUGUAGGGAUUAGGAAGCGAUUGCUUGAGCUUUUGUGUGUAAAUCAUGUACUAGUAGCUAGCUUAGGGUGUUUGCGGUUGUCCACUUGUCCUCGUAGACUAGUCGGUAAACCCACUGAACUCACAUGCUGUAAUCGGACUAACAGAUCGGUUAUCCUUUUGGCAUGCAAUGUCUCAAGUUUAAAGUUUAAA